CUUUGAGUUUGAUUGGCGGAUCCAUUAUUGAGUGCCAGGCAGCAGCUGGAUGUAGGAUUGGAACAUACGUAGCCUAAAGCCAAGGCGGAUCACACCAAGAGUGUGUGGGAAUUUACAGCCAUAACAUCAUUACAAAUUCUCGAUAAAAAAAGCUAUCGCUGAGAAUAUGCACACUGUGCUUCCGUCAUAACAACCCUGCUCCACAACCCUGGUUGUGCUCCCACACACGCGCGGGCGCGCACACUCCCACACAACCGAGCCCCAGCCGCCUCGACCUAGAACUAGGAACAAAAAGCGCGGGCGAAUUAAUAAGUCUAGCCAUCCUGUGUUGAGUGCGACAUCAAAAUGUCAACAAAGUUUUGGUAUCUGCUGAUGAUGCCAGUAUUGGUAGUGCUAAGUGCUAAUGCAACCCUCUCAGAUGCCGAGACAACUUCAGUGUCAACUUUGAUUUCGGUUGACAAUGUAGAAAACAGCUCAACCAAUGGACCUGAUAAUGGAUAUCUCCAAAAUGAGAACGACACAGAGGGCCAUCUGGUUGGUAUCCUGCAAUCUUUUUUGCAAAACUACGAACAGACCUCUUCACUUCAAUUGGAUGCCUAUGCCAGAGGUCGCAAAGGAGGAUUUCCCAGUGUGAACAUAAUCAAACCCAGAGUGAACGUCAUGACUGACACCGCAUCAGUUAUGAAGGUCAAUUUAUCUUUGGGCCUGUUCUUCUACGUCUUCCUAAUCUUAGGUUUGAUCUUGGAUGCAGUUAGAGUCUCCAAGGAGGCCAGGAGAAGGUCUGCCGCCAUGGUCAGGGCGAAACUGAGGAAGAAUCAGCCACUCACUAAGUCCCAAACACUAGCAUACAAACAUCGCAAGAGUUUCAUUUCUCUUUUUGCUAAACGGUCACAUGAGUCAAAAGUCAAGAAGGAUUUAGAAGUGUCGACCUCCCCCUCUUCAAACAGGAAGAGUGCAGCCAGCCUCCAGGAUCCCCUGCCUAGUAUCCCUGAGACGGAUUCCAACCUUGAGGAAGUGAUUUCUGCGGGGAAGGCAGCUGAAAAGACGGCACAACAUUUAUGACAAGUUAUGUCAUCUUAAUCUUAAGGUCCUGAUCAUAAUCAUAUCAAUGUUCUACGUGAAACAAACUCUCAGGGGAACACAUACUCCUCUGGGCCACAGUGACAGUGGACAGCAGUAGCAGAUAUCAAAUCUCAAUAAGACGACUACAUUUAUAGACUAUCGCUUUCUGUUUUAUCACUCAAACGUAUUCAAUAAAAAGUUUUCAUACCA